UCUUAUCAAUUCUUAUCAGUAAAUGCGAUUAACCUUUCGCUUGAACUCUGACAGAACGAAAAAAAUUAUUUAAAAAACCUGAAAAACUUGAAAAAAUAGGUGAUGUUUGGAAAGUUAUGAGGUCGUGAGAAAACCCUAUUAAAUUCAUAUUCGUUUUAGUUUGCAAGCUGUUGUUCAAGUUCGAUUUUUGUCUAUCAAGAUGCUGGCUGGUAAAAUCGCUUUCGUGACAGGUGCUGGAGGUGGAAUUGGAAAAGCUACAUGUCAAUUACUUGCUGAAGCUGGUGCCAAAGUUGUGGCUUCAGAUUGCAAUGUUACCUCUGCAAAACAAACAAUCAGUUUGUUGAAAGGUGAUGAUCAUAUGGCGCUGCGAACUGAUGUAUCCAAUGGUAAGGAUGUUUCCAGUACCUUUAACAAUAUUAUGGAGAAUUAUUAUACCCCGCCUAGUAUCGUUGUAAAUGCGGCUGGUAUCAUAAAAGACAAUUUUUUAUUGAAUUUAACCGAAGAAGACUUCGAUAAAGUGAUAGAUGUCAAUUUGAAGGGUACUUUUCUAGUCACACAGAAAGCUUGCAAGCUUUUAGUUGAUGCAGGUAAACCAGGGUCUAUUAUUAAUAUAUCGAGUAUUGUGGGAAAGAAAGGAAAUCGUGGUCAGUGUAACUAUGCGUCGAGCAAAGCAGCUGUGGAGACGUUCAGCAAAUGUGUAGCGAUGGAAAUGGCUCGAUAUGGUAUUCGGUGUAAUACAGUGUUACCAGGAUUCAUUUCUACGUCAAUGACUGAAGCAAUUCCUGAUAAAGUUAAAGAUAUGUUUCAUUCAUUAAUUCCGUUGAGAAAAUUCGGAACACCCGAAGAGGUAGGUGAAGUGAUCAAGUUUCUGGCUAGUGAUGCCAGCUCUUAUGUUACCGGAACUUCAGUUUUUGUAAGUGGCGGAUUGGAAUAGGCUAACCAGUGAUGAUAAUUUUAUUCUUUCGUCGCACGAAAUCUUUCAAUCAAUUUGGGAUUGGUCAUAUUUAUUCUCUCGAUGAAAUUCUUACCACAACGAAAUAAACAGUGAACGUUAUAUAUACGAGUACCGUGUAUUUUUCAAUUUCUUAUCUGUUGUGUUACUUUUUCAUAGUUUUGUUAUUGCUUCGAGUUGAAUACUACUGGUGUGUGUUGAAAUAAAUGUGAUAAAAUAUA